UGUCAAAGGAGUAUCUACAUUUUUAGUAUUACAUUCAAAUUGAAACACAGCAAACACAAAACCUAAGAAGACUAACACUAAUACACAUGAAAAGACAGAACAAAGACAGACAUUUACAUCUAAACGAAAGGAGGCAGCAGCGGUAUCACCAUCAUGCUGCAACGGCAACGCACUGGCACCUCCUCCUCGAUCCAUAAUCCGGAUGGGGAUGCGGAUGGGGCUGAGGAUGGGGAGGUCUGCGCCUUCUGCCUGGAACAGAUACGGAACCCGGUCAAGUUACGGUGCAGUCACACAUUCUGCAAGGGCUGCCUGCAGAACUACCGCGAGGCGCGCGGAUGGGUGGCCGAGCGCUGUCCGCUCUGCCGGCGCAGACUGGAUGAUCAUGUGGCCCGGAAAUGGAUGGCUCCAGGGGACCUUCUACUUGCUGCUGCUCUACUGGUAGACCGCCGUGAAAAGAGGGCCGCUUCCCCUGAAGAUGUUCAGACCAUACAAAAUUAGAUAUACUCGUACAUAGAUGGAAAGAUAGGGACGAAUACAAAGUUGAGUGAAUUUUAAUUAAAUCUAAAAGCCAUAAAAUUCUAUGCGGAAUGCGCUUUAUCCUGGUCCAUUGUCCCCUAUCCUUUG